AUGAGCGCGUCAACAACGAUUGCACCUGCAUCCGGUGCUGAAGCGCUACUUCUGGUUGAACUGCUUGGUUUCGUGCCGCAAUUUUUCCUGGAUGACCUCUUCGGUGUCGCACAGGAAGCCGCGAACCAUACAGUAGAGGCGAUGGAGAGCUACCUGGCUCGCUGGGCUCAGUCCCGCUCAAAGACAGACAAAGACGACGAUAAAGAUGCGGACGAAGAUAUUGAGCAAGGUCUAGUAUCGUUCCAAACCCUGCUUGAGUCGCAUGUUGACCAAGCCUUCGAUUUCCUCGAGGCUUGGUCACUGCGCAAUAUUCUCGCCGUUCCGUCCCACCUCCCGGUGGUUGUUCCGCAUCAACGAGGGCUAGAUCUGGAGACGCCUCCCGAACGAGAACUAGAACUGCUGGCCGAACUAGAAGAUCUGAGGCGCAGAAUGAACAAUAUGCGCGCGCUUCGGCGCCUAUAUGUUCGCGCGGCCCGCAAGUCCCGGCUCCAGCUGCGCCGCGCCCAGGCGCAACGGCAAACCCUUUCAUUCCUCCGUACGCCGGAGGCGCUAUCGAAUCUCUCCAUGCUUCCGGAGCUGGUCAUGCAACUACGUUCUUCGGUUAGCGAGCUCCCACCUGUCGAGGAGCUCCCAUCUACGUCGCCUUCGCUACCUCAAGGCGCAGGCAAGCGGCAAUGGGAGGUCGGGAAACCCGGAUACGAGCAAUGGGCGGUUUCUCAGCUGUUAGCCAAGUCCCGGACGCGCGUGGGCGACAAAUCCGGCGUUAUCGGAAUGGUCGAGCGGUCGAAGGGCGUUGGCUCAACGGAACACCUCAGAGCCGCAGUUAGCGGACCUGGCGGCACCGGAAGUGUUGACGACGAAAGUAUGGAAAUGGAUGCCGAAGCGCAAUGACGGCGCAAGCCGCCUCGAUGCUCGGCUUGUGGUGAUUGUGCCCCUGCAACCACGGUGCACCGCCCGCAGUGCGGCUUCACAGUGUACAUACUGUACUUGUACCCUUUACGAGUACGUGUUCCGCCCGGCGAUGGGCUCGAUCCACGAAGGGUCGUAUGUCCGGUACAGCUGCAUUCCCGGCUCAUGCAUACCCGUCGGGUGGCGACCUACAGCCCGUUGCUCUGCAUUCCGAGUUCUACUCGCGCUAAUAUGACCGGUAAAAUAAAUGACAAGGACCCCAAACCACCGCCGUCGCCUCGCGAUGGGAGCUGCUGGCUUAUAGCGCAUCAUGAU